AAUGUAUAUGAUAAAAAAUAUCUUUUUUGGUGUGAUAAUACUGUUUAUACCGUUAAUCAAUGGAUUUUAUGAAGAUUACGUAAAUCUAUUAUCGUCACAGGACAUUAUUCGCAAAAGCGGAUCUAUUCAUUAUGGACUACAUGAAUUUAAUAAUUUAUAUGAUGGAACAGCUUUGAAAUUCAAGUCUGAUCCUAAUAAAGAAAAUAUAAGCCAAGUUAAUUUUUGGUUUCAAAUUGAGCAUAGUGAAAAUUUUAAAUUACACAUGAUACGUCUUCUGAAAUUACGUAAUGGACAGGAAAAGUUGAAUUUUACAAUAACAUUUUCAGACAAUACCGAAGAUUAUGUUUUAGAGCAUAAUUUUACAAAUGGCUGGAAUGAAAUUGAAUUUUCUAAUUUAACAUCUAUACAUAGAAUCUAUGUAAAAGUAAGUGAAUCAGAUUACAAUGAUCUAGAAAUUGGAGAAAUUCAAAUUCUUGGUUUGAAUAAAUAUUUUCUAUCGUGUUCCGAAUGGUUUAAUCAAUCACAACUUGUGGCGUCCUCUGUCUUUUUAUAUAUAAUUGAUAAUUGGAUAUCAUUAGAUAUUUCAAAAAUUGAAAGUGGUUCAACUUGCCAAUCAUCAACUGGUAAUUGUAAAUUAGCUAUAAAAGACUCUAUUAUUUAUAUUGAUGAAAUGUGGAAACCAUUGGCAACUGAUAAAAACAUAUUUAUUCAAAUAAAUUUUUAUGACAGGUACUCAAUUGAACAGAUUAUUGUAAAACAACCAAUUGAAAAUGAAAUUGAUUCUAUUAUCAUCAAAUCUGAUGAGAGAUUAAUUGAAAUGAUUGUAAAUAAAACUAGUUUGUUUACAUCAUUACAAACGGAAUUGAAGACAAACUUUCUCAGAUUUCUAUUUUAUAAGAGCGAUAAUCAAGUAUUUCUUGGUUUAUAUGAAAUUAAAGCAAUUGGUCUUAAACCAAAACCUAUUAUAGUUCUUUGCGAAUCUUUUGGAAAUUUUAUAAAAUCAUCUGAUUUGACAUUAGAAGGUCUAGGAAAAAGAACCUAUACACCAACAACAACUGACGAAUGUUCUGUAGAUCACCAAAUUAUCAGCCCAAGCAAUUCAUUUUUUAGAAAAUACAAACAUCACUUGGCAGCCAACAGCUAUUAUUGCACUCAAUACAUAGAUGAAAAUGGAAAAUGCUUUAAAUAUCCAGCUUUAAAAUGUAAAUGUACAAAUAACUUUAAUGGAAGUUAUUAUGGGCUUAUCAAUUUACCAAUAAAUGAUUUACCACUGUUAAAAAUUUGUGUCAGUAAACAAUUUGAAAGUAGUGAAAUGUCACAAGUUGAUUUAACAGUUGGUAGAAUAGGUUGUUUUUAUAAAAAAAAUUUCCUUCAAUCAAACAAUCAAGAAAUUGUUGAUCAUAAUUUACAAACUUGUUCAUCAAACAUUCAUUUUAAUAGAAUUUCAAUUGAUCCAAAUAAUUUGGAAAGUAGUUCUAUUGAAGUUAACCUAUGGUUUAAAGAGAAUAAUUAUCCAUUUGAUUGUCAAGAUAUUAUGGUUUAUAAGGAGGAUAAUACUGAAAAUUGUGGUAGUCUAUCACUGUGCCAAUGUCCUUUUCAUAGUUUCGAAAAUCCAGAUCAAUUCUCUAUUAAACUGUGCAAAUAUAGAUGUAAAUUUGGAGCAAUUCGUCAUUUACAAAUUGUAAAGGAAUACCAAGAAUACCCUGAUAAUGAUGCAAAAUUCUGCGAAGCAACAGUCAUUUUUAAUAGAUAA